GGGCCGCGGUCGCAAUGACGCUCCCCGCGGCCUGCCGUCGAAGGGCCGUCACGGGCCGGAGACACGCCACUGACCGGAACCGGAGGAUCUCUAGGCCAGACGGUGGGCGACGUUGGAUUCCCGAACCUCCCGCCGCUCGAUCCCGGAGAAAAGGAGACGAAAACAGGAGGGAGUCGGUGGGGGAGGGCGCGAGCUAGCGGAAAGUGUCAUGGCGGCCGCACGGUGCGGUCACGUGCCCCCGAGGCCCGCCCCGGCACUUCCGGUCACGUGUCCGCAGAGCCCUCGCAGCCAGCGAUGGAGGCGAGACCCCCCGGUAACAGAGGCGGUGGCGAGGGCUGCGGGCGCUCGGUGUCUUCCUCCUGCCCGCAGCGGCUCUGAGCAGCGCGGCAGAGCUCGACCCAGCGGAACUCAGCCGCUCGCUCCCCGCUGGAGGCUGGGACUCCCACCCGCACUUUCUAGCCAUCAUGGCAACUUCGUCUGAAGAAGUUUUGCUGAUUGUAAAGAAGGUACGUCAGAAGAAGCAGGACGGAGCUCUGUACCUCAUGGCAGAAAGAAUUGCUUGGGCACCUGAAGGCAAAGAUAGAUUUACAAUCAGCCAUAUGUAUGCAGAUAUUAAAUGCCAGAAAAUCAGUCCAGAAGGAAAAGCUAAAAUUCAACUUCAGCUGGUCCUGCAUGCAGGGGACACAACUAACUUUCAUUUUUCCAACGAAAGCACAGCAGUAAAAGAAAGAGAUGCGGUGAAGGACCUUCUACAGCAGCUACUGCCCAAAUUCAAGAGGAAAGCAAAUAAAGAGCUGGAAGAGAAAAACAGAAUGCUCCAAGAAGACCCUGUUUUGUUCCAGCUUUAUAAAGACCUAGUUGUAAGUCAAGUUAUCAGUGCUGAGGAAUUCUGGGCCAGUCGUUUAAACGUGAAUGCAACAGAUAGUUCUUCUACAUCCAAUCACAAGCAGGAUGUUGGCAUCUCUGCAGCUUUUCUGGCUGAUGUCCGGCCCCAAACAGAUGGCUGUAAUGGUUUGAGAUAUAAUCUAACUUCUGAUAUCAUUGAGUCCAUAUUUAGGACCUAUCCAGCAGUAAAAAUGAAAUAUGCAGAAAAUGUUCCCCAUAACAUGACAGAAAAGGAAUUCUGGACACGUUUUUUCCAGUCCCAUUAUUUUCAUAGAGACCGGCUAAAUACAGGGUCAAAGGAUCUCUUUGCAGAAUGUGCCAAGAUAGAUGAAAAAGGAUUAAAAACAAUGGUUUCAUUAGGAGUGAAAAAUCCACUGCUAGAUUUGACAGCUUUGGAAGAUAAACCGUUAGAUGAGGGCUAUGGCAUUUCCCCUGUGCUAUCAACUUCCAGUUCUAAGUCCAUAAAGGAGAAUAGUAAUGCUGCCAUCAUCAAGAGGUUUAACCACCACAGUGCCAUGGUCCUGGCAGCAGGUCUCAGGAAACAACAAGCACAAAAUGAACAAAAUGGUGAGCCCAGCGGCAUGGACGGAAAUUCCGGAGAUGCAGACAGCUUUCAGCCAGCAGUCAAAAGGGCAAAGUUACAAGAGUCCAUUGAAUAUGAAGACUUGGGAAAAAAUAACUCCGUAAAAACAAUUGCACUUAACCUCAAAAAGUCAGAUAGGUAUUACCAUGGUCCUACCCCAAUCCAGUCAUUACAGUAUGCAACGAGUCAGGACAUUAUUAAUUCUUUCCAAAGUAUUAGACAAGAAAUGGAGGCUUAUACACCCAAGUUAACUCAGGUUCUUUCAAGCAGUGCUGCUAGUGGUACCGUUGCAGCACUGUCCCCUGGAGGAGCACUUAUGCAGGGAGGGACACAGCAAGCCAUAAACCAGAUGGUGCCAAAUGAUAUUCAGUCUGAACUGAAACACUUGUAUGUGGCUGUUGGAGAACUUCUGCGGCAUUUCUGGUCCUGCUUUCCUGUUAAUACACCAUUCCUAGAAGAAAAGGUAGUGAAAAUGAAGAGUAAUUUGGAACGGUUCCAGGUUACAAAGCUCUGUCCAUUCCAAGAAAAAAUUCGGAGGCAGUAUUUAAGCACAAAUUUGGUGAGUCACAUAGAAGAGAUGCUCCAGACAGCCUACAACAAGCUCCACACAUGGCAGUCACGGCGCCUGAUGAAAAAGACGUGAGGUGUCCCUGGUGCUCACAGGUUUUGUGAGAUUGAGAAAACUGUGACCUGCAGUGACUCUGGAACUGGCCUGACAGACAUGCAGAUGCUCACAAAACAAGAAACAUCUGCAGCAUGCCCACCCCCAGAGCUGACGCUAUUGUACUUGCACAUUAGGGACUGAAAGGAAGGAAGGAAGGACUGUGGCUCAACUAAACCCUGGGGAGGUGACUUAGGGCAGAACCAAAUGAGCUAAGUUGCAAAUAUAUAUGUAUGUGUGCAUAUAUAUGUAUUUAAAGACUGUUUACUGCAGUUACUCAGGAACUGCUUUUGAUUCACAUUAAGCUGCUUUUCAAAAAAUUAAAACUUUUUAAAGGGUGCAUUGAUAAAAUCUGAGAGUUUCUGUUUUUUGUGUAAAUUUUCUUUCCUAAGUUUAUGGCACAGGGUAGACCUUAAGUAUUUUUCUGCCAUCCUCCACUUGGAUCCUCAAAUUUUACUGAAUUCUAGGUGUACCUAACAUCAGCAAGUUCUUAAAGAGAGUACCUUAGAACAGAUGGAGACUGUUGCUCAGCCAUCAAGAAACAGCUGUGGUCAGAAGUUAUCAUUGGUCCUGUGUUUCCUACGGAAAUAAGGAGUGUUGCACUGAUGUUUGUGGUUUGUAGUCCCUAAAUGAGAGGGGCCAUAUUUGCAGGAAAUCAUGUGGGGUUUUAAUGCAGAAUUUUGUCAGAAAGACAAUGGCGCUGCAUGUGUUUUUUUGAGUGCAAAUGUAUAUUGCUAAGUUUUUUUUUAAGAUGGCAUGUGCUUUGAAAAGAGGAGAUUGCAUUUUUAAGAGUAAAAAUCUUACAAGUGAGAAAUAUAAGAAAACUUACUUAUUUUCACCUCUUAAAAAGAAAUAAAAGAUGUUUCUCAUACCUGUUUUUCUCAGUAUCUUGACUGUUAACCAUCCUUGGCGAUUUGAUAAUCAUUGCAUAGUGACUGAAAAGCCUAAAUGCAAAAAGAAAAAAUUAAUAAUGACAAUAAUUUAUCUUUGUUCUUGUUUCUGGAAUUCAUGCCAUAGUUUGUUCCUCACAGGAUCAACUUACUGUUUAUCUAUAAAAGAUUUUAGAUGCUUGUAUUAAAAAUUAUACAAAUGUAAA